AUGGCCGCCAUCGCCGUCACCAAGGAUGUGACCCCAGCCACCAAUGCGCACAAAGCGUAUCAAACGUUUCAGAGGGUUGAGCGAACUACGGCGUGGCGUAUCGAUGCUCUGCAGAAGCCUGCUAUGACGCAGCUUGCCACAGGCGGAGUAACUAUCACCAGCGAGGCGGAGAACGCAGAGGUUGAUGUAAAGCACCCCUCGACCCCAAGAUUGGCCAUCAGCAGUUAA